AUAGCCUGGUGCUCCUUCUUGUUUGGACUAAAAUAAGGAAGUGCUGACGAGGUUUGGUCCUCACAUUUCCUGUUUGGUUUUAUUUGACAUGCUAGUUGAUUUGCAUUGCAGUUAGUUUGUAUUGAAUUUCACGGUAGUGAUAAUGAUUGUGAUCCAGAAUGAGACAGCGAGGUACAGGAGGCGGUGGCGAAGUAGGUUCCAGUGGGGGGUCCUCUUGUGUGUCAUGGUCUUCAUCUACGGCUCUCACGCGCCUCUCAUCGCUUUGAGCAAAGUCGACGACCGCGUCCCCUUUGACCCGUCCUCGUGUGUGGUAAUGAUCGAGCUCGCCAAGCUGCUCGUGUCUUUCGCUGCACUCGUUUCAACCGACGGCACCUCCGCGUUACGUGCCGCUCACUCGAUGGUGCUCGUAGCUCCUUACGCCAUCCCGGCUGUUCUCUACGCCGUCAAUAACAACCUGGUGGUCCUCAUGCAAGCGUACAUGGAUCCGAGCUCUUUCCAGGUUCUCAGCAACCUUAAAAUCGCCACCACUGCUGUGCUUUAUUCGUUGUGUCUAAGCAGGACGCUACGCUGGCGUCAGUGGGUCAGCGUGGGGCUCCUCAUGGCAGCAGGUGUGUGCCACAGCUACAGCAGCCUGGAUCCAGCAAACGGGGUCCCGGAUGAUGCGACCAGGCUUCAUAUCACAGCAUGGGGGCUCUUACUUAUAUUGGUGUAUUGCUGCUUUUCCGGGCUGGCAGCUGUUUAUACAGAAAGGGUGCUGAAGAGCCAGAAGCUUCCACUCAGCCUGCAGAAUCUCUACCUCUACGUUUUUGGUGUGCUCAUCAACGGUCUGUCAUCGUUUUCCGCCCUAGCGAGCGAUAAAAGCUUUCUGGAAGGAUACUCCUGCACGGUUUGGGCGAUCGUAGUGGGACAAGCGGCUAACGGCCUCCUGAUGUCCGUGUUGCUGAAGCACGGCAGCGGCAUCACAAGACUCUUCAUCAUCUCCUGUUCGAUGCUCGUCAAUGCUUUGUUGUCUUGGGCCUUACUAGGGUUGCAGCUCACUUUUUUCUUUCUUCUACCCGUCUCCAUGGUCGGACUGGCAGCUUAUCUUUACUAUACAUAAUGGAAGCCUCACUGAAAUGUUUGAAUAUACAUUAUUAUUUUUAUUAUUAUACAGUAUUCUCACUGGCUACUUCCUUAAUAAAGGAAUAUUUCAAACAGCUCAUUAGAUUGGGGCAGGUGUACCUAAGGAUGUCCAGUACUUAUUUCAUCGUUUUGACAUUCAUGACUAAUGUUAUGGCAUUUAAAGUUAUUUUGAAAAAUAUUGCAAAUAAAUAUUGUCAAGUAUUAUUUUCUUUGUAUGGAGGUUUUUUGUUUGAAAAUGAGCUAAAAGUAAAGCUAACUAAGUACCUUUUUCCAGUGCUGCAUACUGAAAAAUCAGUAAAUUCAUUUGGAGCCUAUCCCAGCUGUCUUUGGGCGAGAGGCGGGGUAC